UACUUCUCAUACAUACCAUUUUAUUUCUCAUUCAAAUUCUUACUCAGCACGGAUACUAAAUAAUGUUAGGCUAUUAGCUUAUUAAGUCAGGUCAGCUCAAUUAUAUUCUUUUACUCUUCAUAUUUUUCGUCCUUAUAAAGUCCAAGUUCGUUAGAUUUAGUGGAGGGAAAAAAAUUUCUUGGUGAAGUGACUGACAGGUACAACCAAAAUCGAUUUUCAUUUUGACCCAUGAAAGGGUAUUGGUUAUCUCACCAGUCACCAUCAAGAUAAGAAGAAGAUCGACCAUUAUUAGUGCAACAAACAGUAACUAGGGAUGGGAGAUAAAAGGCUCAGAAAUCAUGGAAGAAACUUUAGAAUGGUUUCCAUUGUGACUAUGGAAAAUUACUAUGAUUCUGGCUGGCACAUGGGCAACAGCAGCUGGGCUCAAUGCAGUGAUCAUUCUUCUUCUUCCUUUGCAGUGCCUAUACAAAUACUCCCUCAUCAUGUCACUGACUCUGCCUCUCUUCAGUUUGGUGAGUUUCAUUCAUGGCCACUUCCCAUUGAAGGGGCUGCAGAAGAAAGAGCAAUAAGUGCUUCCAAGAGUCACAGCCAAGCAGAGAAAAGGCGCAGAGACAGGAUCAACGCACAGCUUGCAACUCUCAGAAAACUUAUUCCCAAGUCAGAUAAGAUGGACAAGGCAGCUUUACUAGGGAGUGUGAUAGACCAAGUGAAAGAUCUAAAGCGAAAAGCCAUGGAUGUUAGCAGAGCCUUCACAGUUCCAACAGAAAUUGAUGAAGUAUCAAUUGACUAUGACCAUGUUCAAGACGAAAGCUGCACUAAAGUGAACAAACAGAAGGACAAUAUUGUGAUCAAAGCUUCUGUUUGCUGCGAUGAUCGACCAGAACUGUUCCCUGAACUCAUCCAAGUCCUCAAAGGCUUGAGACUCACAGCAGUUAAAGCUGACAUAGCCAGUGUUGGUGGCAGAAUCAAAAGCAUAUUGGUGCUUUGUUCUAAGGAUAGAGAAGACAGUGUUUGCCUUGCCACUCUCAAACAGUCCCUCAAAUCUGCUGUCACCAAAAUUGCUUCAUCAUCCAUGGCUUCUAGUUGCCCCGCUAGAAGUAAGAGGCAGAGAUUCUUCUUGCCUUCUCACUGCCUACAGUAAUUUAUUAUUGCAAAAAAUAUUUUUUUUCCCCACUAUUCAUUGCAGUGUGGGGCAAUUAUUUGCUUUAUUUUCAAUAUAUAUAUAUAGAUUCCCCAUUAGGAAGAUAAAAUCAUGAAAUAUUAGUUUUGUGCAACCAAUUAAGGCAAAGUUAAAUUGAAGGGAAAGGAAGCAAAGCAAAGUAUGAGUAAAAUGUUAAGAAA